AUGGAAGGAAAUUUAGUAACUAUCAAUGAAGAUUCUCAAGAUUCUUUAAAUGCUGAACUAUGGGAAUUAUGUUCAAUACCUGAUCAAGCCACUACUAAAGAUGAAUUCACUCGUUACAUGAAAGAACAAAUUGCCCACAAAAAUCAAGAUCCAUUAACAUGGUAG